UACACGACUACGCGCGAAGGAAACGGAUAAGGGGUGUGAUUAUCGCUGCAGUGGUGCUCAACAAGAGCCAUCUAACCGAGCUAACGGUACCUCACCGCCUCACCCGUAUGGGGUGUGUCGGCCAGUUUCGCGUAAUAUUUUGACAGUGUCGACUCAUUUGUGCUGUCGUUUUGGAACAGAAGACCAGUAUUCACCUUCACAAACAGGAUGAGUUUUUUCUCGAAGCUACGUCAGCAGCCACCAUGGAGAAAAGAAAAACGUGGUGCGGAUUCCAACGGAAGCUCAUCCAGCAGUAUAGAGCGGAUCGGGCAGCCUUUUUCAGUCUCCCACGUGGUGCACGUUGCCAAAAAUCCUGACACUGGUCACGUUGAGGGCUUACCGGAGCCCUGGCUACGGCUGCUACAGAACUCCAACAUCAGCGCAAAAGAGCAAAGUAGCCACCCUGAUGCAGUACUACAGGCACUGAAGUACUACCAGCAUUCCAUCAAGCACAAAAACGGGUUAGCGAAGUAUUUGGCGACCGAAGCGACAGUUGAGGAAGAAUCGCACGAGAUCGCGAAUACUGAACCAGAGGCAAGCGAUGACGAAGGCCUCAAGGACGAAGCACCCAAGCCUCGACAGGCGGCGGAACCGCAGAAGAAAGCCGAGGAGGUUGUGGUCCCGCCCGUGCUACGCAAAAGGACGGAACCUCAAUCGAAGCUGUCCGACGAGGAGGUCAUGUUAAAACUGAAAGAGGUGGUGAACCCUCGAGAUCCCAAGGAGAGGUACACCCUGCUAGACAAGAUCGGCUCGGGGGCAUCGGGAACAGUGUACACAGCGCGGGAUGCAAAGUCGGGACAGAAGGUGGCCAUCAAGAGCAUGGACCUGAGCCAGCAACCCAAGAAAGAACUCAUCCUGACGGAGAUUCAAGUGAUGAGCGAAAACCAGCAUCCCAACCUCGUCAAUUUCCUGGACGCCCACUUGGUCGGGGAGGGGGAUUUGUGGGUGGUGAUGGAGUUUCUGGAGGGGGGCGCGCUCACGGACGUUGUCUCAGAGACCGUCAUGAAGGAGGAACAGAUGGCUGCCGUCUGCCUCGAAGCCACCAGGGCCAUUACGUUUCUCCACAGUAAGGGCAUCAUCCACAGGGACAUAAAGUCCGACAACGUACUGCUGGGCAUGGACGGAGCCGUGAAGGUGACGGACUUUGGGUUCUGCGCCCAGAUCAGGCCGGAAGAAAAAAGGCACACAAUGGUGGGCACGCCCUACUGGAUGGCGCCUGAAGUUGUGACGCGGAAGCAGUACGGACCCAAGGUCGACAUCUGGUCACUGGGCAUCAUGGUCCUGGAAAUGCUGGACGGAGAGCCUCCGUACUUGAACGAGACCCCCCUCAAGGCCCUAUACCUGAUCGCCACCAACGGGAAGCCCCCCAUCAAAGAAAAGGAACGACGCUCUCCGGAGCUACUGGACUUUUUGGACCGCUGUCUAGAGGUGGACGUGGAGGCACGAGCAACAGCCGAAGAGCUCCUCCACCAUCCGUUCCUACGUAAAGCAUCCAGCCUGAGUUCCAUAGUGCCCCUCAUACGAGCUGCCAAAAAGGUGCUCAAUAAGGCAUGAUGAUGAUCUCCAGUCAUAUUAUUUCUGCUAUUUAUCACGUGUCACUUUUUUUUUUUAAACUUUUGUACAUGAGAACAAUCUCCGUGGAACGACGGCGAAGAGCAUUCCACUUAUGCAAGCGCUUUUUUUUGUUGUUUGUGAUAUGUGCUUGUCAGUUUGCAAAGUAUUCGUACUAUUUCCGCGAAGGAAAAUAGGGACUACAUUCCGAGGUCAAGUCGACGUGCCUUCAUUUGUGCUGCAUUUGGAGGUUUUUUAUAGUCUUAAGAAAGGCCACAUUUUCUACACUCUUUGUACGUUCUUUUACAAGAUUUGGAAAGAAAUUAUUAAUAAAGCCAUCUUUGACAUGC